UUCUUAUUUUGAUUUAGAUUAAAACUCGAACAAAGUGAUUUCGGUUUGAUUUAAUUGUAAUUAGUUGUUUGUCUUUUUAAUUUAUUAGCAUCGGUUGAUUGAUUGUUUUACUGUUUUAAUUGAAGUGAUUUUGACUUUUGAUUAGUUUUUUAUUUGAUUAUUUUGAGUGUUUCUUAUGAUUUUUUGAUUUGUGACUCAAAGGGAUAGUUGAACAAAUGAAUUGUUGUUUAUGUGAUUGUUGAUUAAGGAUUAAUUUAAUGGGUUCUCAUAUUAAAUUAGAGAAAAUUGUUUCCUGUUCUUCUGAAGAUGCUGAUUUUCCAGCUAAAAAUUUAUUAACCUGUGGUGAAGUUCCUGGUUCUUGGUUAACUGCAAAUGAAGGGGAAAGUCAAGCAACGGUUGUCAUUCAAUUGGAUAGAAAAUAUCAAAUCAAUCAUUUGGAGAUUAAAAAUGAAUCUUCUGCAUUUAUUGAAGUUCUCGUAGCAGAUUCAAGUUCAACCGAUGAGAUUAAAUUUCAAGUAUUAUUAUCGGCAUCUUCAUUCAUGACACCCAAUGAGAAAAAUUUACUUAAUGUCAAUCGAUGUCGGAUUUUCACCAAAGAUAAACUAUCACCAUCGGCGUUGAAACAAACAUUUGAUUUGGUAAAAAUUAAUUGUACCCAACCUUUUAAUAAGUCAAUCAAAUAUGGAUUAGCAUGUAUUAAACUCACCGAGGGAGAAGAUAUCGACACCAAUUUAUCCAGUCCAUCGGUUAUUCUUACUCAAUCACCUGGAAUCAAAACUCGAUCAACUGAAGUUACCCCCAAAGGCGAUGACAAUAGACCAACAACACCGAAAAUGACUGAUCCUUUAUCCGAUGAUGAAUUUUCACCUUCUUCAAAUAAGCGAUUGAAAGCCCUGAAAAUGAACGAUGUCGACAAUGAACCUUCAACCUCUAAUCUGGAAAAACAAGCUACCGUUAAACAAAAGGUUAAAAAGCCAAAGAUCGAUGUACCUUUCUGUCAACUUAUGAGCGGUGUUACAUUUACAAUUAGUGGCUUUCAAAAUCCACUUCGAUCGGAAAUCCGUAGUAAAGGCUUACAAAUGGGAGCCAAGUACAAGGGUGAUUGGGAUAAUAGUUGUACCCAUUUAAUUUGUGCCUUUCCAAAUACACCAAAAUUUAAUCAAGUCCAGGCAACCGGAACUGGAAAGAUAAUCACCAAAGAAUGGAUUGAAGAUUCAUUUGAAAAGCGAGAACUAUUAUCAUGGAGGAAAUAUAAUCUAGAUAAUCAACAAAAGACUAAAACAAAUAAAAGUAACUCAGAGGACGAUGAACAUGAUUCAGAAAUGGAUGAUUUUAUCGUUGAUGAUGAUGAAGAAGAUGAUAUUGAAGAUGGUGAAGAUGAAGAAUAUGAUCCAAAAAAAGAUAAACAUAUUGAAGAUGAAGAUGAAGAUGAAGAUCUUAAUGAAUUAGGACCAGUUUUACCUUCAAAAUUACGAGAUGAUUCACCUGAAAGACAAUUAACUCCAUCACCCCGAAAGAAAGAUGAUAAAACAAUUAAUAAACUAACCAACCAAAUGAAAGAUGAUGAGUAUAACAGCGAUACCAUUUAUGAUGCUGCCACCGAUGAUGAAAAUUAACCAAAUUCCAAUAAUCUAAAUAUUUCCUUAAUUGUUACAAAGAGUAACAACUUCCCAAGUCUUUGCAUUGUUACCAAAAAAAAUGUAAUCAACCAUUUA